AGGGGGAGGACAGAUGUGAACAUGUGCUGGGGAGUGGACAGGAAUCACACUGACAAACACAGGAGGUGGAGGAACACAGAGAUCUGCUGCUUACACAAGGGAGGAAGUGUGCCCAGACAGAGAACACACAACUUGUAUAACACAGAGAGGGGAGAGUGUGCAGACUGAGGACCUGGGGCAGGAGCGGCCCGCUGGACAGUAAGUGAGGACUCCUCACAACCCCCAAUCCAGAGAAACAUUACUACAUGGCAGGCAUCAAGUGCAAUGCCACCUCCUUCUCGCAUGUCCAAAUUAACUACCUGGCUCCGGUGUACGGGGUGGAAUUCUUUGUGGCUGUGCUGGGAAACGGGCUGGCCAUCUGGUUACUGGGUCAUGGAGGAUCCAGGAACCCUCACGCCGGCAUCAUCUUCUCUCUGAACUUGGCAGUGAGUGACCUGGCGUACGCACUGUCGCUGCCACUCCUAGUGGCCUACUAUGUCAUGAAGAAGAACUGGAUCUUUGGCCUUGCCCUGUGUAAAGUGGAACGCUUCCUUUUCAACUGCAACCUCUAUGGAAGCAUCUUCUUUAUUACUUGCAUCAGUGCCAACCGCUGCCUGGGCAUUGUGUACCCGUUAUAUGCCAGAGGAAGGGUGGAGAGUAAGCAUGCUAAGCUGGCUAGUGUGGCGGUGUGGGUGAUGGUAGCCAUCAUUUCAUCCCCUGUAUUUGCAUUUUCAACAUUAAACAAGGAACAUAAUACCACAGAGUGUAUAGGAACGGCUAUAGACAGCAAGCUGGGGGCAUACUUACCAUACAGCCUGUUCCUUGCUGGCUUUGGAUGUGGCCUCCCAUUUGUUAUCACCCUUCUGUCAUACAUUGGCAUUGCACGGGCAGUAUGGAAAAGCCAUGGACUAGCGCCAAGGGAGAAGAGGAAGGUUGUUACUAUGGUGUGCGUGGUAGUGGCACUCUACUGCAUCUCCUUCCUGCCCUAUCACAUUCUGAGGAACGUCAACCUCUUUAGCAGACUGAAGUCAAAACCAGACUGCAAGUGGUCUUCCUUCAUACAUUCUGCUUUCCAGGUAACAAGGGCCUUGGUUGCUUUGAACCCUUGUGUCCAUCCACUGCUAUACACAUCAGUGAUGGACAACGUCAGGGCAAGACUUGGCUGUGGUCAGGUCCAGGCCGAAGACAAAUCACAGGAGAACGUCCGACUGUAAGCUAAGUGGUGACAGAAAUGUACUGUGAGAGCCACAGAAUCAAUCUAAAACCUUGGGACGAGAAACGUGGGUGGAAGAAACUGAAUUCCAUGAAAGGAAUCAAUGGACUGUUCUGCAUCCACAGAGCUACACAAACGACGUAGAACCAGCGUUUUAGUAAUGGAGUAGAUCAUGUAUCGAAUGACACCCAAUGGACUCCGACCUUCUUGAAUGUUUUUCUCAGCCGUUCUAUCAAAGCUACACAGAGGGGCAAAGGGCAAAACCAUUAUCAAUAUUUUAAUGCUGGCCGCAAAUUCUGCUCCGACAUCAGCAAACAUAAUAUUGGGGUCAUUCCGAGUUGAUCGUAUCGGUGCUAAAUAUAGCAAAGCUACGAUCAUCUUCCCUGACAUGCGGGGGGACGUCCAGCACAGGGCUAGUCCUCCCCGCAUGUCAGUCUGGCCCCCCUCCGCACAAAUACAAAAGCAUUGCACAGCGGAGAUGCCUUUGUAUUUGAGGAGUAACACCUGGCCAGCGCAGCUCCUACGACUGGCCGGGAGUUAAUUGUCGCUUCCACUGGCCACAGUGGCUGCGUGAGACGUUACGCAGCUGACGUGCCCCCCCCCCCCCCCCAACGGUCCAGCCAUGCCUGCAUUGGCCGGACCGCUCCCCCUAAACAGCUUAACGCCGCCGUUCAACCCCCUCCCGCCCAGCGACCGCCUCUGUCUCAAAGGCGAUCGCUAGGCAACGAAAGCUGCCAUGCGCAGUUCCAACCCAGUUGCUGCUCUGCGACAAACUGCAGCGAGCGAUCGGGUCGGAAUGACCCCCAUUGUUUCAUGCGUGUGACCCUAACACAACUGACAUGCCCGAAAAUGUACGGUCAUCUGCCAAGCUCAAUAACUAGCCAGCAUGUGAUGAACUAGCCAGUCUGAGUGCAGAUGAGCCAGAUCUGCCAAAUAUUGUCAUCAUUUGUGGCCUAACGGAAAACGGAUCCUAUUGUUUGGCAAUAACCAGCAUGUUUGGGCAAUGUAACUGUACGGUGCAAAUAAAUAAUUGUUUUUCAAACUCUACAUAAAA